CUCUCCAUUUUGCACUCACCAAACCAAACUCAUCAUUUCUCAGCCCCUUCACACUACACACUUGCCAUCGGCAGGCUCCAUUUCCUCUCCCUCCCUCCGGCCUAGCUAGCUCUUCCCAGUGCUCGCUCUAGGAGCUAGCUAGACUCAUGGAUUGCUGCUGGCAGCUGAGAAGAAGAAGAAGCAGCAACAGCAGCAGCAAGAGGGUUGUGUUGGAGUUGCAGCUUCUCUGCUGGUUCUUACUCGUCCUUGUCCUCGUGCUCUGCUUGCCAACAACCUGCUGCUGCCAGGCUUCGAGAGGCGGCAUGCAGCCGUUCAAGGGCCGGCCGCUGGAGGGUGGGGCAUCCAACAACUUCUUCGGGUUCUUGCCGAGGAGGCCGGCGCCGCCGUCCGGCCCGUCCCGGCAGCACAACUCCGUCGGCCUCGAGAACCAGCGGCAGAAGCAGCCGUGAAGUGAAGCCGCGCUAGCUAGCUAGCAUCGUCUACCACAGUAGCAGGAGGGCAGGCGGGUACUAGUAUAUACGUAGGGCGCAGGUACAUAGGAAUUCAGGAUGUGAAAUUAAAUAUACGUUUCGAUAUCAUAUAUGGGUCGUUAAUUGGUUUCAUUAGUUGAUUGUAACAUGCAUGCCUUUGAUUAAUAAGGAUAUGCCUUUCGAUAUCA